GAAUUGGGGCAGUUUAGUUCGAUUAUAAUCGAAGGAAAGCUGAGGACGAGAGUUGACGGCAACACUUCGCGCCAUACAGUUGGUGAUUCUAGCGAACUGCUGAUUAAUAACCGGCUUUCAUGGGAAAGAAAAACAGUAAACUGAAGAAUGAAGUUGUAUCAAAACUUGUGGAAGAAACGUACUUCACGGAAAAGGAAAUACGACAAUGGUAUAAAGGUUUUGUGAAAGACUGUCCAAAUGGGAAGCUAACUGAACAGGGGUUUCUACGGAUCUACAAACUAUUUUUUCCACAAGGUGACCCGUCCAAGUUCACAUCACUGGUGUUCAGGGUGUUUGACGAGAACAAUUGGUUUUUCCUUGAAAUUCCAGAUAAAUACUCGCCAACUGGGUUUCAGGAGUUAGUUUUAAGACAUGACUCGGAACAUCCUAAAUAUGGCCGAGGUGAUGUGCCAAAGUUAAACCUAGGGGCGUUUAAAUUAUAUGACGUGGACAACGAUGGAUACAUCACGCGGGAAGAAAUGUAUAGUAUUGUAGACGCCAUCUACCAGAUGUUGGGGAACCAGACUGGAGAUAACAGAAAACAAGGAGAAGAUACACCUGAAGAAAGAGUUAAUAAAAUAUUUCAGCAUUUAGACAAGAACCAUGAUGACAAGUUAACUCUGGAGGAAUUUCGGGAAGGCUCGAAGGCAGAUGAAAAGAUUAUACAGGCAUUAUCUCUCUACUCUCCUUAACAGAAGCUAGGGGUCCAAGAAGAGAAAAAAAAGCAAAUUUUUUUCCUGUUUGUUAAAUUGAUGGAUAUAAUUUAUAAAGAGGAAAUAAUAAUGUUUUGAAUACAUUUUCUUUAAAAGGUACCGAAACCGUUUAUUUGUAUUACAGCAUCAUGCAGUAAAAUACUGCAAGUAAUAAAAAACAAAAAGUAAAUUUCUAUUCUACGUUCUACUGUUAUCAAGUACUAUGAAGUGGGGUAAUAAUAAAGAUAUCUACCACAUGGCUUAUGGUGGAACUUCCCCAUUAGGCCUACUCUAUGUUUUUUUAGCUUAUUUUCUGCCCAGUAUAUCGAGUCAAGAUGAUCAGAUCAUUCUGACAUGCUGUUUUUUUUCUUAGUGCAUUCUGUCACCUCGGGGAAUCGAACCCCGGAUUUUUUGCGUUGCAAGUCGGUAAACAUACCGUUGAACCCAUCGAGGGAUUACUUUGACAUAGUGGAAGAGAAGUCGCUUAAAGGUAAAUUAAACAGAAGUAAGAAAGAUUAAACUUAAAAUAAAUAAAACUUAGCUGAAAGUGUGAAUUUAAGAUAAUAAAAGGCCAAAAUUCAUUAAAAAAAUUUGCUCUCAAUUGCACUCAAGAAAGCUCAUUUUGAAUACGUUUUAAUGUUGGCCUUAGAUGUACACCAGAUGCUCGCUAGUGGAAACUAUUUAAGUACGUUUUAAUUUCGGCCUUAGAUGUACACCAGAUGCUCGCUAGUGGAAACUAUUUAAAUACGUUUUAAUUUCGGCCUUAGAUGUACACCAGAUGCUCUAGAGAGAGACUUCAUAAAUACGUUUUAAUUUCGGCCUUAGGUCCUACAUCAGGUGUUUUAGGGAGAAACAUUUUGAGCGUGUUUGAGAACAACUGUUUAAUUAAUUUUGUGCUUCUAUACUUUCAGUUACCAUCAAUUACUGUAUUUAUAUUUUGAUCUGAAUCUUAUUUAUUUUUUAAAUUAAAUCAUUAUUUGUCCUUUCUGCUUAACUUGCCUCUAAAUGGUAUCAAGUAUUUAUUAAUAUAAAGUAUGCGAACAGUUAUUUCAUGGCUGAAAUUUUGAUUUUUUUCCUUUCUGACUCUAAAAUCUUCAUUCUUCAUGCUCUUUACAACGUAAUACACCAUUUUGACCCUUCAAAUAUUUGACACAAGUACAUACAAGUUAUUCUAGUCCACAUUGACAUUUGUUAAAUCGCUGGCUUUCAGCUACUUUAUUACAAUUACAACCAGGCUAUGUUUUAUGUUAUAAACCAUUGGUCAGUUUUUAGGUGGAAGUCUAGGAUACUUAAUAUAUGGUUUCUCCUUCUCCAUCCUCUUGAGAGCGCAUCAACAUCACAGGAGGAAGACAGUGGCAAUGAGUAUUGGAAGAUGAUAAAAACUUGUCUUAGGGAUUGGCCUGCUUUAAAUAAGUAGACUCGUGAGGAGAAAUGUGGGGGUAGAAGAAGAGAAGAGGAAUAGUGCGCAGCGUAUGUCAAUUGUACUUGUAGGUCUGAUGAUACGUAGGUGAAUAAGUUAAGACUUGAGAAAAGUGGAGAAACGGAGGGUUAUUGUUGGAGGAUUCGAUCCCUAAGUAAUGCAUUCUGUGGACAGUCUCCCAUAUCUUCCAAACGUCAUUUGGGAUUGAUGCCUACCCUAAUCAUUUUCUGCUAGACAUUUCCGAGCAUUUAAGAAUUAGUUAUGAUAAUUUUAGGCCUAAUGAGUUAUGAGUAAGAACGAGGACUUGGUAAAAGUCCUUAUGGAGUCUAAUGGGGGUGGGGAUGGUACACCAUGUAAAAUAAUUAAGGAGAUGAGUAUUUUGCAAUUGAAGUUUAGCUGUAACCUAAGAGGUCGUCGUCAGGCUUAGCUGAAUACAAAUGAACUCGCAAUAUCCAUGACGUAACAACAUCUUUUCCACUUUUAUAAUGUUGUAAAGUGAAUUAUUUUGUUUAAAAAAAAAGUUCGAAAACUUUGACUUUUGAGCAAAGACAAAUGUUAGACCCUAACGUUCUGGACUUGCACCUUUCAAAACGUUUUUGUGAUAAAACUUCUACAUGUAAAUUUAUGAACAAAUAUCUUUAUCUCUCUUCUUCUCAUGAUUUUAAGAUUUUAUUUUUUCAUCACAACAUAUCAGCGAAUUUUCUCCCUUUACACACAUUAGAGAAGGAUUGUGUCAAUAAUUAAAACUGAAUGUUUAGAAAAAGAAACCGAAAUUUGAGAA